AUGGUCUACUCGGGCUAUCGCUCCCGCCCAAGCCGCAAAUUCACGCCGAUCGCAUGGUGUCAAAAUAUGGCCUCCUUAGCGGGCCGGUGUCCCCGGAUUAACCGUCUGGACCGUGCACCACGCCUAGAAGAUCUUCAUCGAUCCAUCUUGCGACAACCAGCCCUUGGCCAGUAUGUUCGUCAUGUGGAGAUGGAUCGCUCCUGGGAGUCCUUGGCCUAUGCAAACAAUCCACCCGAUCUGAAUAACAGGAGAGAGAUAAGAGAGGAGGACCAGAAACUACUAGAGGUCGCAGUGAACCAGGCCGGAUUCAAAGGCAAGCAAUAUGACAUGAUGAUGAUGAACAUUGUUACGAAUCGACCACGCAAACUCAUGGGUUACAAUAUGCGGACCAAAAGUGAUUUAAUACAUCUCGCGCAGGCACUGACGGCUUUGAUUCUGUCCGUUGCACCAAACCUAGAGUCUUUGGCCUUCCCAGAUAUAAGUGCUGAUCCGACAGAGAUACCGUACCUCCAGAAUCUACGCGGUAUACGCUGUCUCAGUAAUAAGGAUCCACUUCUGAGUGAUGAGCGAUUCUAUGAGAACUAUGACCUUGCGGCGCGCAUGAAGUUGGUCGGCAACUUGCCGACCAUGGAAAGUAUAAGGGUGGAGGCCAUAGAGGACAGACACAGCGAUAUAGACCUGGAACCUCGGUCGGCCAACUUCAAGAAAGUGUAUAUCCGGAACUCGAACUACUCCAGCGGAAGCCUGGCCGAAAUCAUCAAGUCGUGCAGACGUCUCCAAGAGUUCAAAUACUCGAUCGGCGGACGGGCUUCUGUCGAUGGUAGCUACCCCAUGUUCGUAGAGAGGGAUCUGCUAGGCGCACUACUAUACCAUAUCAAUACGCUACAGCAGCUCGAGGUGGACGUCGACGAGGGAUUCACUAACCAGCGACCAGCAUCCUGGGACAAAGAUGGCGAAUGUACGAUGGGAGAGGAUCCAUACGAGAAAGACUGCACCGAGGGACGGCCUACGUCACUCCGUGACUUUACCGUUAUGAAUCAUCUCAGAAUUGGCAUUAAGCUGUGGAUGGCCCUUGCACGGGCUAGUAUCAACAAAGGAUACACCACUGGGGCCAAUAGUGAGCAUGACGCCCAGAUCAACUAUCUCAUGAAGAAUCGUGACAGACUACCAUUAUUGAAAGAGAUUGCUGGUGUAGAGGAGCAUAUACCGAAUGCAAAUCAGUUGAAGAUCCUGAUGAAGGCGAGGACGGCUAUGCGUAUUGGCUCCAUUAAGGGUAAAUGGGCCUGGAGUUUGCUGAGGGUCAGAAAGAAUCCAUAUGCCUCUGCCCGGGCAAAGAUAGCUUGCUGA